GACAACACUGUAAUCGCUCACAGUCCAUACUAGCUCAGAGUGUGUGUUCUGUGGGUAUGUUGUAUUUAAACGUCAAUAAUUAUUAAUUCGCGAAAAAAAGAAAUAAAAAUACUCUCGUUUUAUAUGUACUCUAGCCGCUGUCCUAAAUAUAGUGAACAGGAUCUGUCAGUCUUGACGUGUGAUAAAUAUUGCAUUGUCCAACGAAUAGUAUUAUGUUAGGUAUCGAAAAAGUAUUAAAGAAACGUUCGCGGGUGUGAUGAGGAUGAAGUAUUUUCGUAACAAACAGUAACGAACAAGAACGUCUUUACACGAUAGAAGAUUGAAAAUCCGUAAAUCAAAGCGGAAAACGUUCGAAAAUCAUAUACAAUGCAAAGUAAAAAGUACUUUUGAUUUGCGUUUGUUGUCUGGAUUGAGCUUGAGGAGUCUUUGGCAAUUGAUUCUGAAAAAGCUGCGCUCUAAAAUGUCAUCUGAAGGUCCCUUAGAUAAUAUUCAAAGUUCUACAAUAAGGUUGUGUAAUCUUCGCUUGAACAAUGAAGAGGUCGAAGAUGUUGCUGCAGGAGGUGAAGCUGAAAAUGCUGAAGCCUUCAAUGACUCACCACAGAACAUGCAACCAGCUGGUAACAUUGUAUUGAAUAGAGCUAGACGAGCUCUUACCUUUUCGUGUGAUGAGGAACAAGUAAAUGUUCGUGCUGGAGAACCAUCUACCUCUAAUUGUGAUAACAGACCACCAAGUAACUCAGCCAAUAUUGCCAGACCAGAAGCAAGAGCACGCACCAGUAUUCCGGUAGAAAAUGGACAAUCUAGUUUUACAGCAUCAUCAACCUAUAAUUGGCAAGGGACAAAAGCAACUAUGCGAGAGAGAUUCACUUUUCUCUUCAACAAUGAAACACUUUCAGAUGUAAAAUUUAGAGUUGGAAGAGGUACACAGCAACGUGUUAUUCCAGCCCAUAAACUAGUCCUAUCAUCUGGCAGUGCAGUAUUUGAUGCUAUGUUUAAUGGAACAUUAGCAACUUCAUCCAAUGAAAUCGAAGUACCUGAUGUAGAACCAGAAACAUUUUUGGCUGUGUUACUAUUUCUUUAUACUGAUGAAAUAUUCAUCAAUCCUGAUACGGUUAUGACAACCCUUUAUACAGCUAAGAAAUAUGCAGUAUCUUCAUUGGAAAAACAUUGUGUGGAUUAUUUGAGAAGCAACUUAACAACUGACAAUGCAUUUUUGCUACUUGCACAAGCUCGACUAUUUGAUGAACCUCAACUUGCCGCUGUUUGUCUUGACACAAUUGAUAAGUUCACAACUGAUGCAUUAGGUGCUGAUGGAUUUACUGAUAUUGACAUUGAUACUUUAAUUACUGUAUUAGAACGCGAUACUUUAAGAGUUAGAGAACUGAAGAUUUUUCAAGCAGUAGUAAGAUGGUCAGAAGCAGAAUGUGUUAGACAACAGUUACCAGUUACACCGGAUAACCAGAGAUCGGUUUUAGGUAGAGCUAUUUCUUUAGUACGUUUCCCUUUAAUGUCGAUGGAAGAAUUUGCAAGUGGACCAGCACAGUCUGGACUGUUGACUGAUAGAGAGAUUGUCUCAAUAUUCUUAUAUUUUACGCUUAAUCCUAAACCGCGAGUCGGAUUUGAAGCCAUGCCACGUUGUCUGAUGAUGGGAAAGGAGCAAACUGUUUGCCGCUUUCAACAAACCGAAAGUCGAUGGGGUUAUAAUGGUACCAGUGAUCGAAUAAGAUUUAGUGUCGAUAGAAGAAUCUUUCUCGUUGGAUAUGGAGUUUACGGCAGUGUUUUCGGACCAGACGAAUACGAUGUUGUGAUUGAGCUUAUCCACACUGCUUCGUUAAAAGUUAUUGCUAAAAAUUCAACAAGUUUCAGCUGCGACGGAUCCAAUUAUACUUACCGUUUGAUAUUUAAAGAGCCAGUAGAAAUAUUGCCAAAUACUAUUUACACGGCCUCCGCUACUUUUGACGGGCCAGAUAGUCAUUACGGAUCAAAAGGACUUAGAAGAGUUACGGUAGACUGCGGUCCUAAAAAUGGUAAAGUGAAAUUUUCAUUCAACUAUGAGGCUGGUGAUAAUAACGGGACAUCGAUUGAAACUGGACAGAUUCCUGAACUCAUUUUCUAUACAUAAUAAAAUCGUUAAUAUUAAGGCACAUUCCUUUGAAGUUAACACACACACAAACACACAUACACACGCGCGCGCGCGCGCGCACACAUUUUGAAUUACUUUAUUAAGGAAAGUGAUGAGAUAACGAUCACCUGUAAUUCAACUUGGAUAUUCGUUGAAGAGAAACACAUUAUUCUAAUUGUUGAUGUUUAGCUCAACAACUAUCUCUCGUCAAACAUCACAUUUUCGUUUUUCAUCCUUUAUAAGUACACAUAAUUGUGGUAUGUUGAAUUUCGUGAUUUAUUAAAUAAUCAAAUGAUAAUUAUAAAUUGUACAUUGAAUUUUAAUUUUCAUACGUAUAUAACGUCAAAUAAUAUUCAAAAUAUUAUAUAUUAUCAAUUAUUAUCAACUUAGAAUGAAAAAUAAAUAAAACUAACGAG